GUGAAUGGAAGUACACAAAGGAGGCCUCGAGCGGGACGUACGGUAUGAGAUGGGACGUGGUUUUUAACACACAUGCAGGGGUUCUUGGGAUUUCUGUGCUUCGCGGAGUCUGUUAGGACGUGACAGCUGAGUAAUAUCACAGAUGGACAAACAGAAGGACAGCGGAGAGAUUACUGCUUCUUAUGAUCUGAUGAUGUAACUUCCAGGAAACAUAUGCCCUGUGCUGGGAAUUAAGGUAACUACCAAGAUUUCCCAGUCAUUCAAGCUCUUGAGAGAUUGUAGCUGGAUGUGAAGAGGUUGCCAUGAACGCGGUGAGCUCCAGGAUUGCGCUUGUUCUGGGCUUUCUGGUUGGCUGCUGUACUUUUUACUUCUUUCUGGAGGAGGUGUGGCUCGAGCGGAACUUCCGCCAGUGGCUCGGUGCACAGCAGGACGAGCAGAACACACACUACAACACCUGGAAGGAGCACCUAUCUGCUCUCAACAACCUGAAUCACCCUCAUCAUGAAGAAGAGGACAUCCAUGUUGCAAAUGAGCUUUACAGUAAGGUACGUAUCCUGUGCUGGGUCAUGACCGGCCCGGAUAAUCUGCAGUCAAAGGCGCGGCACGUGAAAGCAACAUGGAGUCGACAUUGCAACAAGGUGCUGUUCAUGAGCUCAGAGGAGAAUAGUGACUUCCCAACAGUGGGCCUCGGAACAGGUGAAGGGCGUGAUCAGCUCUACUGGAAGACCAUCCGAGCCUUCCAUUAUGUCCUGAAGAACCAUGCCGACGAAGCAGACUGGUUUCUCAAAGCUGAUGAUGACACUUUUGUUGUGGUCGAGAACCUGCGCUGGGUCCUGUCCAACUACUCCUCAGAGCAGCCGAUCUACUUCGGCAAACGCUUCAAACCCUUCGCCAAACAGGGCUACAUGAGCGGUGGCGCUGGAUACGUGCUCAGCAAGGAGGCCUUGAGACGAUUUGUGGAGGGCUUCAGUACCGAAGUGUGCACUCAUACUACCUCAGUGGAGGACCUGGCCAUGGGUCAGUGUUUGGAAAAGAUGGGUGUGCUGGCAGGAGACUCAAGAGAUGAUGUACAGCGUGAGACCUUCCACCCCUUCAUCCCUGAGCACCAUCUCACUUUCAAUUUUGACCGAAGCUUCUGGUACUGGAGUUACUGCUACUAUCCGAUUGUGCUGGGUCCACUGUGCUGCUCCGACCUCGCCGUGUCCUUCCAUUACGUAGACGCUGAGCUGAUGUACGUUCUAGAGUACUACACAUACCACCUGCGGCCUUACGGCUACAAGUACCGCUACCAGCCUCCAGCAUCUCCCCUCCUUAACCCAGCAACCACUUCUGAGAGUCCGGUGCAGGUCACUGUGAAAGCAAUGCAGCAUGUAGCAGAACAACCAAAGCCAUCCAAAAGAUCAGAGGAUGAGGGGAAUGCAGCAGGGGACUCGGUGCAAAAGACAGUUGAAGAGCAUAAAGAAACAAAUAACAGCAGUGCAACCAUACAGGAGAACCAAGCCUCCUCAGGAAGCUAAAAACGUUUUAUGUAGAGAAAGGGAACGUGUGGACGUGGCAUGUAAAUUGAUCAUGGCGAGUUGUCAGAAGCUAAGGGAGAUAAAAAUCGGUUUAUACACAUUUUGAGAUUAUGAGAUUAAAUUCUCAGAUCUGAUUGGUCAGCUGCUGAUAAAUUUUCUGACGGUUGCACAGCAAAGUGUCGGUUUAUAUAAAACAAGACACUCAUUCGAACAUGUUAUUGCUUCUACAGUUACUUCAAACUAAUUCACUUAAAUGCAGAUAUCCUGAAGCUUUCUGUAAAGACAUGUUUGGCAGGAGCCUCUACUGUCAAAAGUUUAUUACAGUCAGCAAGUUGUCCACCACAGAAAAGUCAACAGGACAGGAUCCCAAAGGCCAGUUCAUCCGGUCUGAUCCCACAGAAAAGCCAAUGUAGAUCAAAUUACUGAAGAAAAAAAAAAAGCCACUGCUGGCCAUAACAGAAACGAAUCAGAACACCUACUGUAUCAGAGUGUCAAAUAUGGAGCCCAAAAGAACAAAUGCCACUGGCCCGACCUCUAAACUCCCCAGGUCUCAAUCCGAUCUAGCAUACAUUAAAUGCAUUGGAUAAACGGGUCUGAUCCACAGAGGGAUCCAAGUGGAGGGAUCCAACCACAACCCAAGUGGAACUUACACAAUACUGGUUUUAAUGUUUUGGGUUUUAAUGUUAUGAAUGAUUGGUGUAUAGCGGAUAUGUCUUUAAAUAAACACAAUGCUUGUGAUUUUUGUUUAUUAAUUUGAACUAUAGAUUGAUAAAAGAUAUAUAUUUUUAUUCUUUAAAUAAAAAAGGUUACUGCUGACAAAAUCCCCUACUAUAAUAGGAAUCAAAUAUUUUAGGAUGUGCUGAUUUGGGAAAUGAAUCCAAUCAGGGCCAAUUAAUAGGCUUUGUUUUGCCCUCACCGCCCUAUCGGUGAUGUGUUGGCUCUAUAACCUCAUGCCCUCACUUCAUGUCAUUCAAAAGUCUCACGUGUUCUGUCUUCGACAUGAUUUUAAUUUCUGUCCUAGCAACUUCAUUUAAUGUUCUGGCCAGCAAAGCACUUGCUGUCAAGGUUCAAGACUCUCACUUACCCACUGGUCUGUUGAUUGCAUUUUUUGCAGUAGAUAAUUGUUUAGAUAUUGAUGUGAUUUCUGUAUUUCAUUUUUUUUUUUUUUUUGCACUGGGAUAAUUAAGCCUGUGGAGAUGAUGGUGAUGGAUAUGAUUUACAGCAAGGACUGUAAUAUGAUGUCUUUGCACUGAAAAAUAAACACUGAUUAAUUUUAA